AUGGUUCAUGAUAAGAAGGUCAUUGAAGAGGUGUCUGGUUGGCUUAGGGUCUUCGACGAUGGCUCGGUCGACCGGACAUGGACCGGACCACCCGAGGUUAAGUUUAUGGCCGACCCUGUGUCUCCCCACCAUGAUUUCAAGGAUGGAGUUGCCACUUGUGAUGUCCUCAUCAAUGCUGACUCGGGUCUCCGUGUUCGAGUUUAUUUACCCAAGAAUUCUUCGGAUUUGUCACCUCUUUCUGAUAUUGAAAAAACUGCCGUAUAUGAUAUGCAUAAGCUACCCAUCAUUCUUCAUUUCCCCGGAGGUGGUUUUUGCAUCAGCGAAGCUGAUUGGUACAUGUACUACCAUGUAUACACUCGUCUCGCGCGUUCGGUCCAAGCCAUUGUUGUCUCCGUUUACCUCCGUCUUGCCCCCGAGCACCGCCUCCCGGCAGCCUGUGAGGACGGCUUCGCUGCCCUCCUUUGGCUUCAGUCCCUGGCUCAAGGUAAUUCCUAUGACCCAUGGCUGAAGGAUCACGGUGACUUUUGUCGUGUGUUCCUAAUAGGAGACAGCUCUGGCGGUAACAUAGUGCACGACGUUGCCGCACGUGCCGGAAAUGAAGACCUGAACCCGUUGAGACUGGCCGGAGCAAUCCCAAUCCACCCGGGUUUCGUCCGGUCAGAACGGAGCAAAUCGGAGACGGAACAAUCUGAAUCACCAUUCUUAACACGAGACAUGGUGGACAAGUUCUUGAACUUGGCAUUACCAGUGGGAAGUACAAAGGAUCAUCGUAUAACAUGUCCGAUGGGGAAAGCGGCACCGCCAAUCCACGGCCUGAAACUGCCGCCGAUACUGUUCUGCGUCGCCGGAAAUGACCUGCUGAAAGACACUGAAAUGGAAUACUAUGAUGCCUUGAAAAAGGGUGACAAGGAAGUGGAGUUACUGAUCAGCCAUGGAAUGGGUCACAGCUUCUAUCUCAACAAAAUUGCUGUGGACAUGGACCCAUUCACUGCUGCUGAAACUGAAAAAUUGAUUGAUGGAAUCAAACAAUUUAUCAAGAAACAUUGA